AUGAAGGCAGCACAUACCUCCUUAUUAGCGGCGGCUACGCUGUUCUCCUCCCUGGCCUCGGCUGUUGAGAACCUCAGUAUUUCCGGCGCGAACUUUGUCUCAAACUCCACUGGUGACAGAUUCGAUAUCAUCGGUGUCACAUACCAGCCGGGUGGAUCCGCAGGUUUCACCGGUAAGGCUGACCCUCUCAGCGAUGCUGAGGCCUGUCUGCGAGAUGCCAUUCUCAUGCAGCAGCUCGGCGUCAACACGAUUCGAGUCUACAACCUGUCGCCCGACCUGAACCAUGAUGAAUGUGUUUCCAUCUUCAACGCCGCCGGCAUGUACAUGAUCAUCGAUGUCAACAGCGGCCAGUCCGGCGAGUACAUUGACCGCUCGGACCCGUCGUCCACCUACACCAAGGACUACAUGGAGCAUAUCUUCAGGGUGAUCGAGGCUUUCUGGGAUUACCCCAACCUGCUGGGCUUCUUCGCCGGCAACGAGAUCCUCAACGAGGACAGCGGCAAGAACGCGCCCGCUUACAUCCGCGCUGUGGUCCGCGACCUCAAGGAAUACAUCUCCCUGCACGCCCCGCGGGACAUUCCCGUCGGCUACUCUGCUGCAGAUGUUGCAACCAUGCUCAAGGACACCUGGGCAUACCUUGGAUGCUCGCUCGACGAUUCUCCUUACUCGAGGAUGGACUUCUUUGGUCUCAACGACUACGAAUGGUGCGGAGACUCCUCUUUCGAGAAGUCAGGCUACAACUCGCUCGUUGCGGAAUUCGCCGACACAAACAUCCCCGUCUUCUUCUCUGAGUACGGAUGCAACAACGUCAAGCCUCGCACUUUCACCAACGUGCCUGUCCUGUACGGCGACAAAAUGUCCGUACUGUCUGGCGGUCUGGUCUACGAAUACACCCAGGAGUCCGACGAGUACGGCCUGGUAGCGAUCAACAGCUCCAAGGAGGUUACCCUUAUGCAAGACUACCAAUACUUGAAGGAGCAGUACGCCAAGAUCGACAUGAGCGCUCUGACCUCGGUCAACGAGACCGCAGAGAAGCAGGAGACCACCGCCUGUGCCUCUUCCCUCAUCACCGAGUCUACCUUUCUGUCCAAGUGGGACAUUCCCAAGCGCCCCAACGGUGGUGAUGACCUCGUGACUUCUGGAAUCACCUCCGCGCCCAGCGGUGCCAUUACUAGCGUGACUGCCACCGACAUGCCCGCCACCGUCCACAACUACACCGGCGCUGAGGUCACAGGCCUGGCCCUGGUCCAGCUUGGAUGCGCCGACAGCAACGCGCCCGGUCUCGCCGCCACUUACAGCGGGGGCGAGCAGACCUGCUCCUACGCCACAUCUACCGGCACCUCCGCCAAGAGCAGCAGCAGCAGCUCCAGCGCUGGAAACAGCGUCAGCCCCUUCGUCGGUGCUGACUUCCGGGCUCUGGUCCUGGUUGGCUCUGUCCUGGCCGCCUUCCUCGGUGGUGUCAUGAUUCUGUGA